AUGCUGUGGGAUUUAGUGAUAUCUCGUUGUUCUAAAACACAUUUACUACUUAAGGGUGAUUGUGAUCUCUGCGGUGGUGAAGCUGGUACAGAAGGUGAUAGUGAUCUCUGUGGUGGUGAAGCUGGUACAGAGGGUGAUAGUGAUCUCUGUGGUGGUGAAGCUGGUACAGAAGGUGAUAGUGAUCUCUGUGGUGGUGAAGCUGGUACAGAGGGUGAUAGUGAUCUCUGUGGUGGUGAAGCUGGUACAGAAGGUGAUAGUGACCUCUGUGGUGGUGAAGCUGGUACAGAGGGUGAUAGUGAUCUCUGUGGUGGUGAAGCUGGUACAGAGGGUGAUAGUGACCUCUGUGGUGGUGAAGCUGGUACAGAGGGUGAUAGUGACCUCUGUGGUGGUGAAGCUGGUACAGAGGGUGAUAGUGAUCUCUGUGGUGGUGAAGCUGGUACAGAAUGUGAUUGUGAUCUCUGUGGUGGUGAAGCUGGUAGUGAACCUUGA